AGGAGCAUCUCAUCAGAAGGUCGUUUUUGGGUGCAGUGAAAGCAGAGCGAAACCCUAGCGCGUCUGGUGACUAUGUUCAACUCGGACUAGCCUGUGGUCAGCCGGCCAGUGACGGCACGCAUUACCCGACGGUAGUGGGUCUCUCAAAAGUCCACUUCCGCAACCUUCGUCCAGCCAUAUUUCAUACAUCCGAAAUAUGGGGGGCUCAAGGUCCUACGGUGCGACCUCAGCUGCAGGACCAGACGACAAUCGAUCGACCCCUGCAGUCACGGACCACCAAGUUCAAGAUGCAGAGGAACAAACUCAGCAUCCUAGCGCGAGGCGAAAAUUGAAGCAGUUCUACGAGAGGAACUUCGGCCUUUUCCUUGUCUUUUUGGCUCAGACAUGUGGAUCAGUAAUGAACACAGCAGCGAAACUGCUGGCCACGGGCUACGAAACUAAAUUCCAUGCCUUGCAGAUCAUCUUUGUUCGCAUGUCCUGCACAACUAUCUUGAGCUGCUUGUACAUAUGGUAUAACAGGAUCCCGAGAUCCCAGGGCGUGACCGGCUUGUUGAUACUCCGCGGAACAGCGGGGUUCAUUGGGCUCUUUGGUCUCUAUUACUCACUCUCCUGGCUUGAGUUUGCUGACGCGACGGUGAUCACAUUCAUCGUCCCCACAAUGACAGCCCUGGUCUGCUGGGUCUGGCUGCGAGAACCCUACACCGUGAAAGAAGCACUCGCCGGACUCCUCGCCUUCACUGGCGUUCUGUUCGUCGCUCGUCUAGCAUGGCUUUUCCGCAGCGCACCUCUUGACCCAAUCUCAGGCGAGCCAGCAGAGCCCGUUGAAGGCCCAGACAGCAGCUCGUUGAGCCUACUUAGUUUCGGCAUCCUGGGCGGAAAAGCGCCUUCUCUCCCUCCAGUUUCGGCUGAGCAAAGAACCAUCGCCAUCAUUCUAGCUGUCCUCGGAACUUUUGGAGCAUCAACAGCCUAUGCCACCAUUCGAGUCAUAGGCAAACGCGCCCAUUCCCUCAUUAGCGUAACAUAUUUCGCAUUCCUCUCCACAAUCGGCUCCGCGCUCAUCAUCCUCGUUCAUCCCGACCUGCAGUUCGUCAUGCCCGAAGACCUAAGCCAGUGGGGACUCAUCGCCAUCAUCGGACUCGCAGGAUUCGCACUCCAGUUCCUCCUCACCGAGGGCUUGCAAAGAGAAAAGGGUGGACGGGCUACUAACCUUACGUAUCUGCAGCUGGUCUUUGCGCUGAUUGUGGAACGUCUUGUUUGGGGGACUACGCCGCCGCUUGAGAGUUUGUUUGGCGCGGUGCUGAUCAUCGGGGCUGCGGUAUGGGUGAGUCUGCAGAAGAAUGCGGUGAAGGAGAAAGGGAGCAAAGCUGUCGACGAAGAGAGCAGUUUGCUGGGAGAUGAACAGGGGGAAAAUGAGGUUCGGAGGAGGAGUCUUGCUUCUGCAGAAGAGUAGGAGCAAGCAUAAAAUAAAAAAAAGGAAAACAUCGAGGUCUAUCCACCGCAUCCGACUGAGUCUUAUAAUGUCCGUCGCGGAACACGAGCUCCAUCGGCUGCUCAAUGCCCAA